AACAUUAAAUAAUCGCUAAAAAUGAGUGAUUCUGUGGAAAAUUGCUUAACUUGUCGGAGAAAACCGGACCAGAUGUUACGAUUCACCGACAGGGUCAACGGUGAGGACAUCGGCGCUGUUGUUGCCAGCCAUUUCUGGUUCCAGGUUGACCAGUAUGAAGGUCGAGUGCUGUGUAAUAUCUGUUGGGAUAAGAUCGAAGAUUUCCACAAGUUUUACUGUGAAGUAAAACAUCUUUGGGAUGAGGAUGUCCUGUCCAGUUGCGCUGCGGUCAAGAUGGAACGAGAUGAUGAUGAUGAAGAAUUGGUGCCGUCGGAAUUUUUGUUCGCUUGUGAUUUGAUCAAGGAGGAAGCUGCGUCGAACCAGGUCAACAUAGGUGAUACUGGUAACUCGCUGGGUGAGGCGGAGGAAAAUGAUAAGGUCGUUAAAGACCAGGCUCAGCCAGAAGCUACAGAUGAAUCUGAUGAGGAUUCAACACUGCCCAUCGCCAAAAGAUGCCGCCGUAGGAAAGCUAAGGAUAGCACGGUGGCUGUGGUACCGAAGAAGCGUGGCAGGCCACUCGGUAAGAAACAAUCGGUCGUGCCAACGACCCAGAAAAAGCCAACGACUCGCAAAAAAAUCGACCUUUCACUACAAUGCGAACUAUGCGAUGACUCGAUAAGAGUUUUCAAAAGACACGAGGCUUUGCAGAUGCAUAAAUUGGUCAAACAUUCGGAACAGCUGGAGAAGAAGUUCAGUUGUGAUCUGUGCGAUAGAGCCUAUGCUUACGAUUGGCAACUUUCCGGGCACAAGAGUUGGCAUCAGAAGGAAGCAUUGAACAUCUGCUGCAACAUCUGUAACAAACAUUUCUACUCGGGUCGCACACUGAACAAUCACAUGCAGGCCAAUCAUCCGGAGAGCGUAACUCAAGAUGGCACCUCAAACGAUGGAACGUCGGAUCGACAACGACCACCAGUAGCGCCGAAGGGACAACCUCUGAACGUUUCGCUAGCUUUUCCAACUCCAAGCGAAGAAGUUAUGAACGAGUUGAUUCGUAAAUUCUGUCCACUAAUCUGCGACAAAUGUGGAUUUUUGGCGGAAACUUUCUUCUAUCUGAAGCAACACUUCAGACAAGAUCACCAAAACCAUGUGUACGCCUUGUGCUGCGACAAGAAGUUCUUCAAAAAGCGAUUGCUGUACGAUCACUGUCUGCGGCAUGAGAAUCCGGACGUUUUCCGCUGUGAGCUUUGUCAGAAAUCGUUCACCGAAAAGGAAGGCCUCGAGCGACACAACGCGUGGGUUCACACACCGGAUUCGGAAAAACCGUACAAGUGCGACAUUUGUGAUGCCGCUUUUCCGAAGGAGUACCUGCUGAUACCGCACAUGCGGUAUCAUCUGUCCAUGGAGCAGAAACACCACGUGUGUGAUGAAUGCGGCAAAGCUUGUGGUUCGGAAUCCUACCUACGGAUACAUAAGCAAACCUUGCAUGGUGCCUUGUGCAACAUGGUUUGUGAUAUCUGUGCCAAAGGAUUCGCAAACAAGGGGCUCUUUGAUGAGCACCUUCUCAAACACACCAAAGAAGGAGCUGCCAGUUUGAAGAUGCAAUGCGAAAAGUGUAAGAAAUGGCUGAAAAACCAUAACAGCCACAAACGCCACGUGUCACGUUGUAUACCCGGGACCAUGGGCCAGAAGAACGACUGGUGCGAUCUCUGUGGAAAGGAUGUGGCCAACUUGGGCACCCACAAACGGGUCAAUCACGUGGAACGGCCAAUGCUGUCCUGCAGCUACUGCGGGAAGCAGUUCAAACGCGCCAUUCGACACAAGGAGCACGAGGCCACCCACCGGGGAGAGGUUCUGUAUCAGUGUCCAUUCUGUCCUUAUCAUUGCAAUUCCAACUCCAACAUGUACACCCAUAAGAACACGGUUCAUACGGAACUGUGGGCAGCGAAACUGGCGGAACGAUUUUCUAAGUAGUACCUGAUUGAGGCAUAUUUCGUUCUUUAGGUUUUAGGAGAUAAGUAAGAAUAUCUUAUUUUUGUCAAUAUGAAAUGUA